AGCAGCAGGCCACUCUAUACUACAUUCCUUUGAUAGUAUUUUAUUUUUCAGUAUUUCUUUCAUAUUCAGCUUCCACUUUUGUUGAUUAACGUUUGUGAUAUGUAACGAUAAUGUUAAAAUGUGUUUGUAUACAAUUAUUUAAUGUAAGUACCUAUUGUUGUUAAUUUCGUUAAUUAAAUAACUGAAUUAUUGAAUUUUGAUUUAUAAUUUUUUUAUUGAUUACAGAUUUUAAAGAUUGAACUAUUAUAAUUUGACAGUUACCUCUUGUUUAUGCAUUAAUCUAAUGUUAGUGAUAUUGUAAUUUCAUUGUUAUAUAAUUCUGUUGCUAAAUAAUGAAAAUGAGCGACGAAACGCCUGUCAGUUCUUUAGUUCUUCCAGUAUUAAUCAGACCAAUUUUAUCACAGGUAAUAAUGCUAUUAUAAUAUAUUUUUAUUAAUUAUGAAUAUGAGUAACUUAAAAAAAAAUAGUUCUAAUAUAGACAACUUAGGUUGAAGUCUGAUAAAAAAAAUGCCAAUUACAUAUAUUUUCCUUGUUUUACUGACCAAUGUCCCAUAAGUGAAUUAUCGAUUUUCCUGUUUUCCACCGAGAUACUACUGAUUUAGAGAUGCACAUUUGGAGAACUGGAAAAAUUGUAUUAUUCACUCACUCUUUUCAAAACUCUUUUAAACCCAUAACCCUUAGUAUGACAAUACAUACACAUGACUAGGGCACAGAUUUAAAUGCACUUAAAAUGCAUAAAAAAGCAAAAGUGGUAGACGAGUUUUAAAGUCCUUACUGUGACGGUUCCUAUCCCAUUCAAUAAAUUUUUCUAACCCUAACACAUGAUUAACACAACAUUUUAUUGCUUAUAAUAUGCACACAUUUAUUAGAAAAAAAUUACUUUAUCAUAAACAUUUUUUUAAUGUUAAAAUAUUAUUUCUAAUAAGUUAGAAAUCAUAGAAGGAGAAACUUUUAAACUCCUCUAUCUUUAUUGCUCUUUUAAAUAUUAUUUUAGUAAUUUUCAGAGCUUUUAAGACAUUUUUAAACGCUUUUUUGCGGAUUUUAAGUGCUUUUAAAUCCGUGCCCUACUCAUGACCAUUUGACUACAACAAAUGUAUAGUGAAGCAUACACUAUAGAGUUAUUAAACAUAAACAUGUAAUAUCUGAACAUCAAAAAGUUAUAAUUUCGAAAUUUAGUCAGUUUCUUCAAUUCUGACUUCAUCCUUCUUAAAUCGGCAUAACACAUAGGUUCGAAAAAUUAAAUUUAAAAAAUUAGAUUUGUUCCACAUAAUUUUUUACUCAAACGAUUUUCGUCAAAAUUUAAUAUCAAAAUCCCUUUAUAAAUACAAAUACUACAAUAAACUCAAUUUUUUUUUUCACUACAAAGUAAGACUUUUAAUAAACCUACUGUUAAAUUUUUAAACAUUUCUGUUUAAUCUAACAAUUUUACCACAGAGUACCUACCGAAUAAAAAUUACAAACAAAACUCACAAAACUAAAAUGUCCAUAAAAAGCAGUUCAAAAAUUGCUUAAAUUUUUUGAAAAUUUUACUACGUCUAGAAAAGGCAAAUAUAAAUUUUUUGUCCGAAUUUCAAGUCCAUUAAUUCGAUAUACGAAUAUUUUUAACUGAAUUACAACAAAUAACAAAAUUGAUAAAAUAAUAAAAGCAUUAUUUUCAUACAUUUCUUACGUUUUAUCCUGGUUUUUCCUAGAUAUUAUGAAAACCACUUGGAAAAUCCAAAAAUGACUUCCUAUAAGUACCUUCUGGACAAUAUUUCCUUUCAGAAAUGGUGCCAUGCGUCAAUAUCUGAGCAAGAUUUCUAAUCAAAUUUUUAUAUACAGUAUAUAAAAAAAAAAAAUCUUAGUAAAACCAAUACAUUCUUUGCUUCACUCAGAAUCUAAAAUAUGUGAUUCCACUAUAAUAUCAUAGUGCAUUAAAGGUUUAAGACAUAUAGCACCGAUUCUUUAUAUUUUGUUAUUAUUUUCCACACAUACAAAUUCAGCAAUGUGGUUAUAAAUAAACAUUUUUUUUUCUAUUUGAUUAGGUAGGUUUUAUGAAAUUGAAUAAAAAAAAUUCAAUUUUCCAUAAAAAACAAAUUAAAUUAAUAUUUUGCAUCAUGAAAUUGAUUAUUAUCAGUUAUCAGCAUAGACAGUGGCCUGUUAGUAAAAGUAUAAGUACCUGUACCAGCUUUUUCAGAUAGUUCACCAGUAAUAUUAUGGAAGUUUAAUACUCAACCUAUAUAUCUUAAAUCAUAUCUUAGAAGAAUAAUGAUAUUUCAAGGAACACAGUUAUAUCAUAAAAAAAGCUAAAUGAAUGUCAAGUUUUGUAAAAUGACACACUAUACUAUUUUCAGUAUAAAAACACACCAUGCAUUCAGACAGUGCCAGAUGGUCUGUGAUUGGUUAUUACUAAUUUAAAUUAAUAGAAACAUGGGCACAUACAGAUCGGUUCUUAUUUUGAAAACAGUAUACAUAUUUAAAUUUUACUACAGUUAAAAUACAAUAUACUUCAUUAAUAUGUUCUCACCUAGAAUAUUUCAAUAUUAUAUGGAACCCUAUAUUCAUAUGAUAGAAAAAGUAACAGACCAGUUUUGUAAAUUUAUAAAACUUAAACAAACUUAUACUGAUCAUAAGUCUCUAGAAUGUUACUAUAAUUAUUUUUACUUUAAUCAAAUCAAAUUUUCACAUUUUUUUAAGUUGUCAAUUUAACAGUAUUACUAUUAUCCCAACUAUUAUUAUAUACAUAUUAUAUUUGUUUGUUUUUCUCCUUAGGAUUUUAUUCCCUAUUUGUAUGUUAUACUACAUAUUAUGUAAUUUUUAUUUAUACUUAAUAUUACUUUUUAUUUGAUUUUUGCUUGUUUUUUUGAAAUAAUGCUUAUUGUUGGUUGGAAUAAAAUAAAAUAAACUUCUCAAUAAUUUUAAAAUUUUCAGUUGGAAAAACGUAAUGUUUCGGCUUCUCAAACUUUACGGUCAGCGCUGUUUAAAACAGAAAAUACUCAUCCAGGGUUUGCAUACCAUUUGGUUGCUGGUAUAAUGAAACAAGGUGAUAUUAGUAUUAAUAUGAAUGAGAGUGUAUUGAGACUUCAAGGAACAGUAUCCGAUCUAGAAGGUAUGAUUUUAUUACUGCUUAAUAAUAGAUAUUAAUUAUUUUAUUAUAGACUUAAAUAAGUUCAUAUUAAUGAAAUCAAUACUAAUUACAUAUUAAAGGAUAUAAAUUAUAGAUAAAAACUAAGUAGUUAUAAAACAGAUUAAUAAUUUUAAAUUUGUAGUUUCAAUUUGUUAUAUCAAACAUAACUAAACACUAUAUUUAAUUUGUUUUUGAACAGUAUGCUGCUUUACAUUUCAUUUUUUUUUUGUACUAUUUAGGAUCUUACCAGGUUUUUAAAAUUUUGUAUUUGUCAAGGUAAUUAGGGGGAAGGCUUUGUUGUUAAUCUGUGGACCAUGUAGUUUAAAUCCAUAUUUCGGCUUCUUAAUUUUAAAAUGUAUUAAACAAAUGUAAAGAAAUAUUUUAAGUUCAUAAUAUUUUUAAUUUUUUACCUACCAUACAUUCUUUUUAUAUGAAAUUGCUAAUAAUUAAAUAAAUAUAUUUAAAAGAUAGGUAUUUUUAAUAAUUGUCAAACACCUUGAAGACUUUGUUUAUCAUUGAAACAACUAUUAGGUUUAAAAAUAAAAAUAAAAAAGGAAAAGAAAUAUUCAAUAACAAUGCAUGAUUACCUCAAUAGAUACUACUGAUAAACAAUUUGUAAUCAAUAGUAUAAUUAUAAUUAUAUUCUUUUUUCCUGUGAACAACUUUUCUACGAGCAAUUUUGCUCCUAUUUACAAUGAUUUUUCUAGGAGUUUUCUCAACAAAUAUGAAAAACCUGGAAAAUCAAUAAAAUAUUAAACAAAUAUUUAUUAAAGAAAAAAUAUAAUGCCCAUUUAAUUAUUUUACCAUAACAUACCAUUUAUAUUGUUGACAAAUCAACUACACAAUCAAAUGAACUCUGCUUAGAAUAUGUUUUUCUGUGACAAUGGUUUAUCCCUUCUCACAGGUUUACAUAAACACAUGUAUAAAUUACCUAUAACAGUGAUUGCACCUGCCCCCAUUAUCCUAGGACACCCUUUUUUUAAUACUUCUAAAUUAAUUGAUGAACUGGUUGCUGUUGUUCACAAAAAUAAACUCCAGAAAAUUAUACCAUUGUUUAAAAAAUAACAAAUAGAUAUACUUCGCCCAAUGGUUGGACCAUUAUUGUAAGUGGAAGUUGAGAAGGUAAAGGUAAAAAUUUAGUAACCAUGUGUAUGUAAAGAUUAAUCGUUGCUAAUGAAAAACUAUUCUGAAUGGAGUUAAGUUAUAAAUGUUUUGAAAAGCAGUAAUAUUUAAGAAUUAAAAAUAAAACAUUUUAAAACAAUACAUUUCUCACUCUGCUAAGAACCUAAAAAUGUAUAGUUUAAGAGUAAGUCAAUUGGCCUAAUUUAAUGUAUACAAAUGAGAUACCAAAAAAUUAAAAAUACAAUUGCUUACAUGCUCAUUACUUAUAAUAAAUGCUUAUUGACAUUGCUUACAUUGUUUUUCUAUGUAAAAAAAAUGACCUAGUUAUAAUAUGUUUUGAUCAAAUAAUAAUUUAACUAAAAAAUAUUAUCAGGGAUCAGAUUUUCAAGCAAUAAAAAUAAAUUAAAUAUGCACUAUAAUAUAAGUUAUAGUAUACUAUUUAUUUCUUUAUUCUUAUGGCAAAUAUAAAAUAGAAAACAAGUUAAUGAUAAUGAUAAUUAUAACAAAUUGUAGAAUGGUAGAAUAAAAUUAAUAAAGCUAUAUCAGCAAAAGUAUGCCAUGAAAUCAUAACAAAUGAUAAAAAAGAAAAUGUAUUUAUUUUCAAUUUUUAAUUUUUUUAAAUAUACAAUUGAUGUCAAUAGUCAUCAAAUAUGUAGGAUAUGUUUGAUGUCUCAAUACAUGGGGCUAAUUAAAAAUAAAUUAUAAUAUGAAAUUAAAAUAUAGGUAAUUUUCUUAUGGAUUUACAUAAAUGACAGAUUUUGUCUACUAUUUAUGAAAAAUACAAAAUAAAUCAUAUUAGCAAAAAUUAGCACUAGAAAUCUAAAAUACUUCAAAUAUACAAAAAAUAGCAAGAUAUAAUUUCAUGUUUGGAAUCCCUGGUACAUAAAACAAAACUUUUGAGCUACUAUAAGAAAUUUUAAUUAUUGAGAGUUUUUUUGCUGUAAUUCGGUUACAAAUACAUCUAAAGACUUAAAAUUUGGUAAUAAUACUUAUAUUGGACUUACCUAAACUUGGUAAAAUCAUCAGACAACUUUUUUUUUUAAAUUUAAUUUAUCAAAAAUCGCAAAAAACUUACGGCACUUCAAAUCAAGUGUUACUGAACUGUGUUUAGAAUCCUCUUGUCAAGCAAUGUAUUAUCAUUGCUUACAGAUAUAAAUGAAAAACCUUAUGUAAGCUCUUUUUUUUAAUAUUACAAUUAUUAAAACUCUAGUCAGAAUUCUCAGAAAAAUAAUAUUAAUUAUAAUAAUUCUACACACAUACACACUUUUAUAUGGUGAAAUAUGUUUUACUUUAUACAUAGAUUAAAUUAAUUCACUGUGGGUCGUCUCAACUAUAAAUUUCAAGGGGGGGGAGGGGCUGAAACCCUUAAUAAUAAUAAACAUUAUUCAAAUUUUGUAUUAAUGACAAUUUAAUAUUCUAGUCAUUUUAUAAUUUUAAUAUUAAUUAGUAGUUACUUACUUAUUAGAAGUUUAAUAUUAUUUAUAAAAUAAUAAUAACAAAUUAUUAUUUUUAAACACAAUUAAUAUGAUAUGUAGAGGUUACCUUCCUUUAUUCUAUUUUAAUUUUGAUUACAAAUAUAAAAACAUUUAAAAAUUCUAUGUCCAUAUUAUGAAGGUGGUGAAUAUCGAUUAAACAGAUCUGAAGAUGCAUUUCAAGAAUUAAAUAAAAAAUCAAUGGCUUUAAAAAGAAUAUUAAGUCGCAUACCUGAUGAAAUUAAUGAUCGCAAAACAUUUUUGGAAACAAUUAAGUAAGCUAUGGAAUAUAUUAAGAAUUUGAAAUAAAAUAAAAUAUAUCUAUAAUUCAUAAUUAUUCAGGUGAUUUAAUUCAAAUUAAAAAAAAUGAAUAUUUAAUAUUCUACAUUUUAAAUUGAUCUAGUUACUAGUGUAGACAACUAGAUAAAUUAUUAUGCAUUUUUAAUUAAUAUAAUUGUUUAUUUUAAUUUUUAUCAAUAUAUAUGCUAAGAAAUUACUUUUAAUUUAUAUCAAUGUUAAUAUUUAUAAAAAUCUGAUUUCAUUGAAUAACAUAUUUCUCUCAAAUUUGUUAAUAUUUGUAAUUAAUAAAUACAUUUGAUUCAUUCAAAUUGUAGAGAAAUUGCUAGUGCAAUAAAAAAAUUACUGGAUGCUGUAAAUGAAGUAUCCGCUUAUAUUCCUGGACCUAGUAAUAAACAAGCAUUGGAACAGAGAAAGCGGGAGUUUGUAAAGUAUUCUAAGCGAUUCAGUAAUACACUUAAAGAUUACUUCAAAGAAGGACAGUAAGUAGAUUUUCAAUAUUUUAAUUAAUAUGUAAGAAAUUUAUUUUAAUAACCUUAAAUUCAAAAAUGUCAAAUGCUCAGCAGUAAAUUUUGCUUUUUAAAUAUUUUCAUAAUCAUGUACCUAUAAGACUGUUGAUGGACCAAAUUUCCAGGAGAAGUUAUUAAUUAAAUUGUCUAUUAUUUCCUACUUAUUUAAAUAAUGUACAUAAUGUUUAAUUCAUAAACUCAGUUUCCCAUAAAUCAAUUUUUUAUUUAUUUAUAAUAGACUUAUGUAAAAUAAUAAUUAUUAUUGUUCAAAUAAUAACUGGAAUUUUGUAUUUUGUUUUAGUGCCAAUGCAGUAUUUAUUAGUGCCUUAUAUUUAAUUCACCAAACAAACCAAAUUAUGGUAACUGUAAAAAGCAAAUGUGAAUAAGUUAUUAUCAUUUUAUUCUUCUUAUAUUUCAUUUAAUAAGUAAAUUAUAUUAUACAUUCCACUACCAAUUAUUUAAUUUUGUUCUCCUAGAAAAAAGAAAACAAUGUUAUAUAGUUUUAAAUUAAUAUUGAAUUAUAUUUUAUUAUAUAUAUCUUUUAUUUAUUAUUGAAAUACAUUUGUCAUGUUUAGAAAUUAAAUAAUUGUAACAUUGUUACAUUGUUUACUCUAAAUCAAUUAAUAAAUGAAUAAUAUUAUUUUUAUUAAAGUUUGUGAACAUAAUAAAGAUGUUUAUUUUCAUAGAUUCAAAUUUUCAUUAUUUUUUUAAAAAUAUAUAUUAUACAUGAUUCAACUAUAAUAAGUAAUAAUAAAUUAUAAAAAAAAUUCAUACAUACUUGUCCAAUAAUAAAAAGGAUUAUGUUCCUUUGUUGAUAUAAUGUUACAUUAUAAUUUGUUUUAUUUUCAAUCAUUUCUAGUAUUACCAAUUAUUUUUAAUUAAUAAAUAUCCAUGAUAAAUGUUAUUUUUAUAUGCACAGUAUUAUAGUUAAAAAUUAAUGUGAUUAAGUACAAGUUGUAAUAAUAAAAUCUGAUACCAUAUAAUAUGAAGUAAAUUAUAAUUUUAAUAAUUAUUAUAAUGUAUCAAAAUAUGAUUAUUACCAUUAUUAAUUAUUAUUUAAAUAUUAAAAUAUAUUAUGGAAAUUUAAUGUUUAAAUUAUUAUGUUUAGAAACUUUCAAAGUUCUAUUUUUAUUCAUGAAUAAACCAUUGUUAACCCUUAUCAUAAACGUAUUACUAUUAUAAAAAUAUUUAAUUCAUCACAAUUGUAUUAUUAGUAUAAUAAAAUGUGUUUUUUAUUUUAUUAAAAUUAUAUAAAUUGAGUUGUAUUUAUCUACAAAAGAUCAAUGAUUGUUUAGAGUAUAAUAUUUUUUUACAAGUUUAAAUUUGAAGGAUGCCUUAAUUAUAAAAAAAACUGAGUUUAAUAACAUGUGCUAUUUACACUUGUAAAUAUUUAAAAAAAAACUAUUAUUCUGAUUCACAAUUAAUUUUUUAAUUUUACAUAAUUGCAUAUCAAUGAUAAUAGGAAAAUUAGUUGGCUUAAAAAUUUUAAUUGUUUGGUCAGAUACAUUAAAUGUAAUAGAAUAAAUUUUAUUAUAAUGUUUCAUAACUUAACAAUUGUAGUUAAGAUAAAUAUAAUAUUACUUGUCUUUGUUUUGUUUUUUUUUAUUUUUGUUUUGGCAAUUUUUAUAAUGUUAUUAUUUUAAAAUUGGUAAAUGUAUUAUAUUUCCUAAAGAGAUACAUUUUAUCCAAUUUGAAAAUUUACUAUUAAAAAGAGAAAAACAAAUAUAAAAUAUUAUAAUUUAUAAAUUAAAUGUAUCUUUGAGGUUUUUAAUGUUGACAAUGUAUUUUAAAAACAAAAUUGUUUAUUUUUGUUAAUUUAAAUAUCAAUUGUAUUAUGAAAUAGAAAAUAAUAUAAUAUUUAUAAUAUCAUGUAUGUAUUAAUAGAAUUUUAAAAUUGAAUGUAUCGAUUUGGAAACUGUGUUGCAGGGAACAGAAAAUGUAUUUUAGUAUAAGUAAAGUAAUAAUAAAAAUCAGGAACUAUUUUAUUUUAUAUAUAAUAUUUUAGUUAUUAUCUUAAAUAAAUAAAAAACAAUUAUUCAAUGUAUAUAUUUUUUUUAUUAUUAUAAUUUAAAACUUUAAAGGCUCAUAAUGGACAUUUAACAUUUGAUAUUAAAAUUCUUAUUAUAAAAUAAAUACUCAUUAAACUCUUCAAUAGUUCUUGUUAAUCACUAAGUAUAUAAUGAAGUUAUAACGAGUAAGAAAUAAUAAGUUAUAAUAAAUCUCCUGUUAAAUUUUCAAGCAUUUCUGUCUAAUCUGUUUUAUAUUCUGAGUGGAGAGAAGAAUGUAUUGGUUUUACAAUGAUAUUUUAUUUUUAAUUUUUUUUUUCUCACAGGUUUUAAUUACUUGGUAUUAAGUAUAGCUGCUUUUAUUAAAGAAAAUUUCCCUGGGACGGUACUUAAAUCUCUUUUUUUUAUUUUCCCAAAGGUUUUCAUAAUAAAUUUGAAAAACUGGAAAAUGUAUGAAAUGUAUUAUUUCCAAAUCUUAAAUAUUAUGGCCUUUCAAAACUGAACUUAACUUUGUAUAAUUGAACUCCGCUCAGAAUCCUUUUUCAUUAACAAAGAUUAAUUUUUACAUACAGAUAUACAUUAAUUUCCCAUCUACAUCCUACCUUCCCAAUUUCUCAUCUACAAUAGUGGCUGCACCCGUCCUCUUUAUCCUAGGACAGCUUUUUUUUAUGACAUGAAAAAGUAAAAUCUAUAUAUUAGAUGUGAUGGUUGCCACACCUAAUUUAAGGGGUGGGUAUGGUAUACCCACUAGUUUUGGUAAUUUAGUAUAAAACAUUGUACAUUUUAUAAUUAAUAUAAGGAGUAGUAGGCAUAAUAUUACAAAUAAUGCGAACUAAAGUUAACUAUGAAAAUACGUAUCCACAGGAGAAAAAAAAAUAAACAUCUUAGUAAAGUCAAUAGCUCCCUCGCUAUGCUCAGAAUCUAAAAUAUCAAAAUUUUAGGUAUUAUUAGUUAUAAUAUGCCGAAUGGAAAUUACAUUUGUCACAGCCCCUCUGCUUAAUACCAUAAUUAAUACGAAAAAAUAAUUAUCAAUAAUAACAAUGAUAAAGUAGUAUACACAGAUUUAAUAUUGAAUACUAUUAAAGUAAAACUUCCGUUAACGGUUACCUCUAAAAGACGGUCGCCGUUUGUGUAACGGUCUUUUUUUUUAAUCCCAUCAAGUGUUAAACCUCUAAAGGUCACUUCUAAAUAGCGGUCAUUAUUUCCGGUUCCUCCGGUGACCGUUACAUGGAAGUUUUACUUUACUACAUAGUUGAUGAUGGAAAUUUUGUAGGAUUAAUGUCAUUAAUGUCAAUAGGAUUAUGACAUUUUGUGUUUCAUCGAAAAUAUUUGGAGGUCAUUCCAUCAACGACUUCUAAAAUGUAUUGAAGUUAACGGAAGUCACGAUGAACAGUUACUUUAAAUAAUUUGUUUAUUAUCUAAUAAUCUUAAUUAAUAAUAAAACCGGAAAUACCAAAGUUUUGACAAUAAAAAAAAAAAUUCCUAAACACCUUUUCUUAAAUAGCCACAUAUAGAGUAACAAACAGUAUUGUUGGCCAGUAUUUUCUGGUACACUUUGUAUAACAACUUUAACUGUAUAUAUUAUAACCAUAGAUAAUAAAUCUAUGAUUAUUAUCAUAGACCAUGAUAUAUUUCACUUUAACUCUAGUAUACCUAUGAUUACAUAGACAUGAUGGACUGCGCGUAUAGGUAACCUUUAUCAUGUCAUCGAACAUAAACUUCGGUGGUAAGCAAGGUAGAUAAAACAAUGAUGUCUAUGAAUACCACGAUUAAAAAAUAUCUUAAAUCCUGAUCGUAAUGUAUAAUUAAAAUCGUUCCUUAUCAAUAGUAUACAAUAUAAAAUAAAUUCACCUCUAAUAAAUAAGAAUGGCAGCCAUUUUAUUGGUGACAGUAAUAAUAUGGAAGUUGACUAUCUAUAGUAUUAGUAUAAGUGGCGUCCGGUCGUGCGUUAAAUACAAUUUAUAAGUCUAUGGUUAAAUCAACGUUUUGAAUUUUGAUUAAUAACGCGGUAUAUUUUUUUUUAUUAUUAUGCUAUACAGGCCUUUAAGACCUUUUGCAUGCUUCCACCAAGUUUCUCCAUCCAUUCCGGUCCAUUGCGUCAUCUAAUCGUUUUGAGUUGUCAGUAUUUAAAAUAUCCUUCUUUACCCUGUCUAACCAUCUCGGUAUAUUAAUCAUGAUAAUAUCGUAGAUUAUAAUAGCUUAUAAUAUUAUGUCUGUGAAUAAUAUUCUAUUCUAUGUUAUUUACAUACUAACAAAAGAGUGGAGUAUUUAUUUCUUCCGCAUGCUACACUGUACUUCACAGUAAAGCAAAGGUGUGUGGUAUGUGACGGGUAGCAGAUGACUGUUAUUGGUGUACGUUUUGUGUUUUUAUUUUAUUCGGAUAUCUGCUUCUAAUAUAAACUGUUCCUAUUUUAUUCUUUAUAAUACUUGUUUAUUUUUCUAACGAGCAACUAUUGUAUUUCUGCACGGCGGUAAUAUGAGUAAGUAUUAUUUUUAUUUUUAGAUUCUAGCAAGAACAUGAAAGUUUUUUUGUCUGUAAAUAACUUCUCUACGUCUGAAAUCUUGCUCUGAUCAUCAACAUCAGAGUGGUAAUUUCGGGUGUCAAAUUUUAACUAGUGUGUGUAUUGAGGAGGUAAUUUUUUGAUUCUGUUAUAAAUUAUAAAUAAUUUAAAAAAAAACUAAGAAAGUUUAAUUGUUGUCUUUUAUUUCGAAAUAAGUACAUUUUUUAAGCCUAUUAUAUAGAUUAAAUGGUUCAGACUACAAUGUUGUUUUGGCCACCGGUCAGUUAUAACUAUAAAAAGAAAAACUACUUAUAGGAAUAGGUACAUCCAUAAUUAUAGAUUUUAUAGUUUAUGUGUGACAUUUUUUUAUCUAAAGACGUUUUUUUUUUUUUUUUUGUCAUGAAUCUAAAAUCUUGACAAAGUAGGCGCUCAUUAAACCUUUUUCCUUUUUGAAUAGUUACUAUUUAUUAUCUAAUAAAAUAAAAUAGGUCAAUACCUGUUACCUGUUUGUACUGUUAUUGUAUAUUAUUUGAAGGUAGGUAACAUAUGUAAUCUUUUGUCGGAGCAAUUAUUAUCUUGCGUUUUAACUCUAUAACUAAUAGAAUUAGAUGUCAAAUUGUUCAAUAUUUUCAGUCAAAAACCAAACUUUAUAAAAAAAAAAAAAAAAAAAAUUAAAAAUCCGAUUUUUUCCGAGAGGCGGUGACUAACGGUUACCUACCGUUUAAAAAUCGGUAGUAAAUACUAUCGUUUAAGAUAAUACGAGGUAGUCGUAGUAUAAUGGUCAAAAGGUGAAAAUAGAGUUAAGGGAAUUGGAGCGGUGAUUUUCUGUCUUUAUCUUACACAUGUGCAACAUAGAAAUUAAGACGUGUUCUAUUUCUACCAUACCGACUGGUCUAGUGAAGCGAUAAAAAUUCUGAAGACAGAUUUGAAUUUGCCGUUAAGUUUACUUGAAAUCGAUUUUUCCACCGUUGUAAUUUUAUCCCCCCAAAUACUAAAAAAUCAUACUAUAUAGAGUAUCUAUUGAAAAUAAUUGAAUUUUUUAAUUUUGGGAAACGUUAAAAUCAAAAGCGUUGGUAAGUAGAUUUCAAGUAGACUUGUCGACGAAUUUAAAUCUGUUUUCAGUAUUAUUAUUGCUUCAUUAAAUUAAUCGGUACGUUGGAAAUAGAACACCUCUAAAUUCCUAUGUUGUACUUGUGUAAAACAAAUAAAGAAAAUCUAAGACACACCGUUGCCACCGGGCGAUCUUCAAUGACCAACUUGUCACCAUGCCGUUUCACCGCUAGACAUUUCACCGCGAACAUUUAAUAUUGUACAUUUAAUUAUCAUAUUAAUCGGUAUAUAGACUCUAAAAUCGUGGCCUCAGAACGAUUUUUGAAUCGUGGGAUCUGAACACCGACGUGUGUACGUGUAGGAAGUUAGGAGUUUAACCCCCAAUUUCGAGAAAUUGUUUCUCUGUACAUGUCUGGCUGAACAUAAUAUGCUUUUAAUAUUCACCUAAAUUGACUUUCGUAUUUUAAAAUUUAAUCAGGAUUCUGUUAUUUAUUUGAUUGUCUGUGAGUGUGCAUUAUUUCUAAUGUGAACGAUUUUACUUGCACUGUUUCAUUUUCUAGUAAAUAUUUUUAAAUAUCUAUUGAAAAAUGUAUUGCAUUAGGUAUCUUAGAAUGUUAACCUACACAUUAAAGUGUAUUAUUAUUUUUAUCUAUUGACAUAGGCGCAAUUAGACCACUAAAUUGAGGGAGGGGGGUGCUAAAAUAAUAAAAUGAUAAAUAUGUCACAGACUAACAGGUAAAAAACACAACAAAAGAAAAAAUUGUCUUCUGGAAAUAAUUGAGUAAUUAAUAAUUUAUGUAAUUUAUUAAAAUAAUUUGUUCCAUUUUUUUUUUUAUCAUUGAACUUAUUAUUGUACACUUAUAAUUUAAAAAUUAUUAACAUUACUUUGUUACAAGCUGUGUUGUUAUUACUAUUAUUAAUAUAUUAUAAAUUGGACACUGUAAGAAUUUAAAUUAAAUAAAUCAAAUUGUAGGAAUUAUGUUUGACUGAUUUAAAUAUUGAAAACAUAUUAUUAUGAUUCACUAGACUCUUAAGGAUACUGGGAUAUGUUGGAAUUAUUUUUGAUAUUAAAUUAUCUUUAUUAUAAAUAAAAGAUAAAAUAUAUAUAAGUAUAUUUUUAAAAAAUGUUAAAAACUGCAACCAAAUUUAUUUACAGUUCCCAGUAAAAAAUUAUUAAAUUUCUAUUUCAAACAUAGUUUCGUACAGAAUCUAAAGAAUCAUAAUCCAGUUUCAAAAAGAAAAUGUGUCAAAAUCAAUUCCUACAGUUUUAUCUUGAUUUCUGAUCUAAAUUUACUAAAAUAUACACCUUCACUAAUCCUCUAAUGUUAUAAUUUUUUUUUAUUGUAGUUACUUUAGAACCAACCAAAAAUGAUGCACAUUUAAAUAAAAAUAUGUCCGUGAAGAAUUACAGUCUGUGUCUUGAAUCUGAUGAAAAUGAUGAUUAUGAUACGGAUUGCAGUAUAAGUUCUAUGGAUUAUUUACCUGUUUGUUUAAAGAAAAAUAUUAAAAUAACAAAUUUUGAUCAUAUAAAUAAUGUGGACAAAAAGCAAAUAGAAAAUGCUAAUUUGAAAAAAGCUGAAAAAACCAAAAAUUUAACAGAAAAAAAGGUUUAUCACACAAUAGAUGAUGAAAAUUUAUUGCAAAUAUUUAAGAAAAACUCUAGUGAUUUUUAUGGAAAACUGGUAAAAAAAAAACAAACAAAUAUUUAAAUAUAUAAUUUUUUUAUAGUCAGUAAUAUCUAAUCAAAAUCAAGAUUUCAUAAUGUUAGAAUUUUUUUUUUAAAACUCCAAUAAUUAAUAUAAUUAGUUUUUAAUGUUAAUUAUAUUGCUUUUGGUUUUUAUUCUAAUUCAGUUCAAAAUAUUUGUAGACUUUAAAUUUGACAAAAUAUUUAGAUUUGAUUUUUCUACAUGUGUUUACAUUUUUGAUCAAUUUAUAGAUAUUUUAAUCAAGUGUUUUAUGUAAUAUUUAUUCGGUACCUAGAUACUCAUUGGAGAAAAUUGUUAGUGGUGAUCAAGAGCAAGUUGAAUUUAAUGUAGUAUUUUCUUUUUUUUUAUAAGAAUUUUAAUAUCAGAUGUUCACUAUAAUUGUAAAUAUUAUGGCCUUUCAAAACAUGUACACUGAACUUCCUUCACAGAAUCGUUUUUCAUUAGCAAUGAUUAAACGCUGUGUACAGAUUACACAUUAAAUUCCCCUCUAUACCCUAUUUUCCUAACUUCUUACCUACAACAGUAGCCCACUGUUUGCAAUAUGCCCAUCUUUUUAUUAAUAUUAUUUAUUAAUCUCGUGAGUAAUAAUACUUAAUAUUAAGUAUUAUUACUAAGUAAAAUUUUAAAUAAUUUAAGUUAUUUCAUUAUUCUUUAACAUAACUAAUAAGGUCCUCCUAUUGAUGUUGAAAUUGAAUUGUUAAAUUUGGAAUUAAAUAAAGUACCUGUUAGUUAUUAGUCAAUAUGAAUUUAUAAGGAUACUUGAAAUUAAAUAUUCUAUAACUAUUUUAUUUUUACAGAAAUCAGUUAUGCAACACCAGUCUUCAAAGAUUAGACUAAACAAAAUGCAAAAAUUGAAUACGGAAUUUUCGGAAUUAAACACAUCUGAAUCAUAUAAAUGGUCUAUUUACAAAUUCAAACAAAACAAUAUUAAUAGAUCAUGUAUUUCAUUAAAGAAUCUUAAAAAUCACAAACAAUUAAUAAACCAGAAAGGAAUGAUACCACAAAACAAAUUACCAAAAAAUAAAAAUUUAAUACGUAAUCAAUUAAAAAAACCCAUGCCACUAUUACAGUUCAAUUAUAAAAUUGUAUUGGGAAUGGUACAAACCAAUGAAAAACCUAACAAAUAUUUAUUACCAAACAAUGCUGAAAAAUUUGUACAGAAUAAAAUGGAUCAUUUUAUGUAAGAAUUUUUAUUUUACAUUAUUUUCUUAAAAAUAAUCAUUAAUUUAUUUCAGGAAUAUUUCUCCAAAAUCAUUAUUUGUUUUAAAUAAAUUAUUAUUUUAAAACUAAUCCUUAAUACAAUAUACAGUGCACGCUAAGAGGUACUACUAAAUAUUUCAUUUGGAUGAGCUAGUAUUGAUAUGAAAUUUUCGGGCAAUUAUAGGGAGUACCCAAAUACACAUAUUCAGAAAAUUUUUAAUUCGUAACCCUUUUGGUAUGCACAUGUGCAAUGCAACUUACUUUUUUUCAAAAACGGCAGCACCAUUAUUUUCUACAAAUUCCAAUAGAGUAUUUUUUUUUUAAACAAUUUUUAUAUAAAAUGUUUUUCUCUUAUUACAAAUUGGUAAAGUUAUAGUAUGUUGAAAAUUAAUAUUUAGAACUAAUCUGUUAUUGACGAAAUUGUCAACUGUUCAACUUAUACUCGAAAAUCAAAAUGAUAUCUCUGGUAUUUUGUAAUAUCUGUUUGUAGAUCGAUAUAAGACAUAAAUAAUCACUUUUUUGUUUUUGUAAUUUAGUCUUUUUUUUUCAUUUAUUCUUCCAAAAUAAAUUGAAGGUAAUGAAAAUUAUAAAAAUGUACACACUAUGAAUUUAAAAUUAAGAUUUAUUUAUUUGUAACUAUAGUUUUAUUAAAUUAAAUGUUCAAAGUUUCCACCUUGGUGUUCCAAAUAUGAUUUCAAAUGGUUUGAAAAUUCUCUUGAUGUAGCAGCAUUUAUUUGGUCUUCUCUCAAAUUAUUAUACGCUAUUCCUAAUUUGUUUUUUAAAUCUUGAUCAUUACUAGGAGGAUCCACAUAUACAAUAUUUGUUAAAUGUGCCCAUAAAAAGAACUAAAGUGUGAAUCUACAAGAUAUGAAUCUACAAACAGGUAUUUUAAGGUAUCAUUUUGAUUUCCGAGUAUAAGUUUAACAGUAAUACACUGUAUAGACUUAUAGUUAGGGGUAAAUUGUCAUUAAUUUUUAUAUAUUAUUAUAAUUUAUACCUUAACAAUAAGUUAUUUGUAAUAACUAACAACUAAUAAAUAAAGGGCUACUAUUAAUUCAUUUGUGUAUUUGUUUACUUUAAUAAUCAAUGUUGCAGAGUAAAAUAGCCAAUUAUUUUUUACCUUUACAAUAUAUAAAUGGGAUUUGUAUAUAGUGUAGUUUUCUUAAUAAUUGAUCAAAACCCCAAAAAUGUAGAAAGAUUGCAAAAUGUAUGGAAAUAAUGGUUUCAUUAUUUUGAAUUUUAUUUGUUAGUAAAAUAUUUAUUGAAAAAAGUCAUUUUCAACAAAACUGUGAUUUAUUUAUGAAUUUGUUUAUUCAAAUCAUCUAUCUUUGUUUACAGAUAUAAAUAAAAUAAUUGUAUCCUAUCUUCCCAAUUAUCCUCUACAAUAAUGGCACACCUAUUAGCAGUAUCAGUUGUUUUUAAUACAUAUUUUGUAAGAAAUAUAAUCAAAUAUAUUUAAAAAUUGUAUAGAAUAUAUUAUAUUAAAGUUAUUUUAUUGCAUUAAAAUCUACUCUUUAGUAAAAAGUAAUAACUAAUAAAUAUUACAAUAUUUUUUAGUAAUUAUUCCUUAGUAGUUAAUUACAAAGAGUUAAGUCUUAAAUGCAAUUUGUAGUUAGAAUUGUUGAGUAAAAUGUAUUAUUAUGCAUUUUAUUAUAUAAAAAUAAAAAACCAGACUAUUUUAUUCUCAUAAUGUAAUUUGGGUAACUUACAAUAAUUUUGAUAAUUGAUUAAUAAAAUUUAAAUAUUAAAUUACUGCUUUAAAAUAUUUAUGUAAUUUAGUAUUAAUACAUAUAAACUAAAAAUCAAUGUAACCUUUAUAUUAAAUACCUAAUACACAAAUUAAAAACAUUUUAAAAAUUAAUAAUUUGAAUCUACAUUAUAUUGCACAUGUUUAAUUCAAUACUAUUUUAUUUGGUUUGACUAAGGAGUUAUUUAAUAAAAAAAAUCCUGUACAUAUAUCAAACAUAACUUAUAGUAUACUUGGUAAAUUCAUAUUGUUUCAUUUUAGAGAUUGUGAAACUACUACUCUAAAAGAAAACCAUUAUUUAGAAUAUCAUAAUAAUAAUAUUGAAGACCAAUUAUUUGAAUCAAUGCACUUUGAUGAUUUUAUAGAUAAAGGUAAAAUGAUUGGAUUUUAAAUAAAACUUAGUAUAGUUUUUUUUUUUUUUUGUGUUCCUAGAUUAUGAAAACUUUAAAAUGCAGAUUGAAGAUAUUAUAAAACAACUAUUUCAGGAAGAUGAUUAUUCUCGCAAAAACAUAGUGGACCAAUAA